AUGUUCUCUGCCCCUGGAGCUUUACCCGCUGUCUCACUCGUGGAGGAAGAGGCCCGGGGCCCUGCCUUGGCACGGUUUGCCUGUUGGGUUGAGGCUGAAGGGUCUGAGUUCCGCCACGAGAGGAGCCACUGCAAUGCGACGCCCAAGCACCGCACGGCGAAGAGGGGCCCCCACGCGCCGCAAACAGAGAGAGGCGGCGAGCAGCAGCGAAGUCCCAGGACAGCCAGAAAUAGAACCCGUCUGCGCCUGUUUCUUCUGCUCUGGAUGCCACAGAUCUUCCCCCUGCUCCCCCAGCAGAGUGGCUCUGACCCCCUCAGGGAUUCCCAUAUUUAUCCGGCAGCCUCGCAGUGUGAGGAGCAGGGCCUGACCGUCUUCCAGGGCUCCGUGCCUGCUGCUCCUCUGUAG